AUGACUCGGCUAAGCGCGAGUCCAGAUGAGAAUAUGAAUCCGGCCGAUGCGGUGUGUGCCGCAUCAACACGUAAACGCAUCAAUCUUCAAAUGCCUGAGACGCCGUCUAGGAAUUCAGAAGUCUUUGAUGAUGAUGACAAUUGUGUUGAUAUCUCGAAACGAUUAAAACCAUCGAAUCCAAGAGAUGAGUUGGCGAUUGCGGGCCGCGUUGCCGGCGUACGCCUACAAAACUUCAUGUGCCACAGCAAUUUGCAAAUCGAGUUCGACACACGCCAUAAUAAUUGCUUCUACAUUGGCGGACCGAACGGCAGCGGAAAAAGCGCGCUAUUCGCCGCGAUCAACAUCGGACUCGGCGGCAAAGGGUCCGACAACGAUCGUGGCAAUACGGUGAAGUCGUACGUGAAAGAUGGCACCAGCUCGGCGAAAAUCAGCAUCACAUUGACGAAUGAGGGACAAAAUUCGAAUCCCGAAUAUGGUGAAUUUGUCGAAAUUGAGCGAAAUAUCACGCAGACGUCUUCAACGUAUACUUUGAAAAGUAUUAAGGGGUUUGGGAGGAACCGCAAAGAAGAGAUUGUUAGCAAAAAGAAGGGCGACAUCGAUAAAAUUGUGCGACGAUUCAAUAUUCAUUUGUCGAAUCCGGCGUUCUGGAUGAGCCAGGAUCGAUCGAGAAGCUUUUUAAGCGAUUUCAAGCCGGCAACGAUUUAUAAGUUUUACCAGACGGCCACCGAGCUUGAUCGAAUAAAAAUGGCGUACGCGAAGUUUGCCGACGAUCUCAACGAUGUGAAUAGCAUUUUGUUUCGGAAAAAGCUGGAGUUGAACAAGCGGACAAAGGAAUUGCAACGAUUGCAUGAAGUGCUCAGCAUGCAUAAUAAAAUUGAGGAUGAUCGCAAGAAGAUCCUUCGCUAUCAAUGGUGUUUGAUGUUCUGCGCGAUUCGCGAUAUCGAGGACGAGCUUGAGAUUGUCCGACAGAAGCAGAAGCACAUCGAGGAGAAGGCGGCGAGGAACAAAGAGGAGAGUCUCAAUAAUCGUCAGGAGCGCGCGACGCUGAUGCGCGACGUCGACGUGCUUCACGAUCGGAUUGCGGAGAAGAAGCAGGAGCACGACAUCUUCAAAGAGGAGAUCAAUAGCGAGAAGGCGAAAUUUCGCGACGAAAGCGAUCAAAUUGAUGGGAUUCAUCACGAAAUUCGGAAUAGGAAGCAGGAAAUCAAACUAUUGAACACGAAAAUCAUGGAUGCGAAGAAGAAGAUUCGAGCGAUUUCGGAGAACGCGGCUGGAACGCAAAUGAAGCAGAAAUAUGAGGAAUUUGAGAGGAAGUAUGAGGAAUUGAAGGCGACGCGCGAAACGAUGGAAAAAAGCGGCAAAAUUGUGGGUCUUCAAAACGAGCGCGAUGAAGCUGAACGUGUGCUGAGUGAGCUCGAGAAUCGGCGAGCCGACAUCACGCAGGAGAUGAACGAGAUGAAGCGGCUAGCCGAUGAGUGUCAGGAGAAGUUGAGGCGCGCGAACGCGGCGAAAAUCAACAAAGUGAACAAAUAUGGACCGAAAAUGAGUGAGAUUGUUGCGGAAAUCCACAAAAAUCGGCACAAGUUUUCGAAAUUGCCCAAAGGACCAAUUGGCCAGUACAUUUCGGUUGAGAACAAAAAAUGGGCGCUGGCCGUCGAGGAAUGCAUUGGAAAAUUGGCGACGACAUUUAUUUGCGACAAUCAAAUGGACGCGAAAGUGCUUCAGUCGAUAUUCGACAAGCUGAGAUUGACGAAACGCGACGCGCCGCCGAUGCACGUCUCGCGAUUCUUGGGCAAACGUCAUCAAAAUUUGAGGGAGCCGUCGAGCGAAUGGAAGACGAUCUAUCGUGUGUUGAAGUUCAGCGACGAUGAUGUUCAUAAUGUGAUCAUCGAUAAAAGCCAACCGGAAUGUGUGGGUCUCGUCGAGAGCCAGGAGGAGGCGAUGGAGGAAAUGGACAGCGCGAAUCCGCCGAGAAACGUGAUCAAGGUGUUCACGGCGAAUGGCGAUCAGGCGUUCGCGCGCGGUCCCAAUUCGCAGUAUCGUUUCUAUGCGGCGCGACGCGGUAUAAGCAGUCAAGGGUUGUUUGAACCCGGCGACGGGCUCGUCGAUCAUGAGCGUCUGAAUCGGACCAUCGAUGAUUGUCGGAAUCGACUUCACGAAUUGAAUAAUGACGAGUACAAAGAGAUUGAGUCGAAAAUUCGAAAAAUGCGACGUCAGCGCGAUGAAGCCUCCAAAGCGGUCGAUGCGUUUGAGGCGAAGCAUGCCGACGUGCGUCAGCGUGAAAUUCGAAUGCAACGAGAGGUGCACGAUCUCGAAGCGAAAAUGGCGAGCGAGAGCGAUCUUGAGGAUAUUGAGAGUUUGAAUCGAUGUAUUGAGGAUAUGGAGGGAAGGAUUCCGAAGAUUGAGGAGCAGAUUGAUGAGUGGAAGCAGAAGGAGGCUGCGAUUCGAACGAGGAUGGAAACGUUUAGCGCGAAAAUUGCCCAACUUGAGAAGGAUUUGAAUGUUUAUAAGGAGGAAAUUGAAGCGGAAAGGCAAUCGGUCGAUGCGACGAAUGAGAAGGUGAUGCUUCUCGACGCGGCGUUCUCGAAGUUCACGACGAAAAAAGCGCGAUUCGACGCGGAUCGCGAGCAACUCUACAACGAGGACACGCGUCUUCAGGCGUGUCGCGACGACAAAAUCGCGAUGGUGAACGAAUCGAAGAAAUUGCUCGUCAAACCCGACGGUGUCGACGAUCCGCCGGAUUUGAGCGAUUUUCCGCCGACGGAGCAUGCCGAAAAAACGUAUGAGGAGUUGAAGAAGCGAAUCGAGAUGCAAACGGAAGAAAUUGAUCCGAGUGUGACACUUGAAAUGGUCCAGGAAUUCAAAGAAUCGCUCAAGAAUGACAAGCGAAUGUGUCGACGGAUACUGGAAGUGCUCAAUAAGCUCCACGAAAUUCUUGAGCAUCGCGUCGCCCUCUAUCCGCUUCUCAAAAAGUGUACGGAGAUGAAGGUGCGAAAUCGAUUCAAGGAGCUCCUUCAGAUUCGAGGAAAUUUUGUGGGCGAUUUGGAAAUCGACAACGAGCGACAGACGCUCAACGUGAUUGUGCGCUCGGUUCGCGAUGUUGAGAGGGAUGGAACGACGACGAUCGAUGGUGCGGAUGAUGAUGAUGACGAUGAGGAGCCGGCGAAGAAGAAGAGCAAAGCGGUGAAGAGGACGAAAAAGGAUAUUCGCGAUCUCAAAGGCCUAUCCGGCGGCGAGCGCUCAUUCGUGACGGCCGCUCUCGUGAUGUCGUUGUGGGAAGUGAUGGAGCAGCCGUUCCGAAUGAUGGACGAGUUCGACGUGUUCAUGGACAUGGUGAAUCGAAAACUGGUGAUGGACUUGCUCGUCGAGAUGGCCACCGACCAUUUUCCGUAUAAUCAGUUCAUUUUCUUCACACCUCAAGGAAUCAAAGAGCUUAAAAAGUCGUUUGAUAAAGGAUUGAGAUCGAUUUGGAUAUCGGAGCAGUUGGCGACGAUCUCGCGACUCGGACGAGUUUUCGAGGAGAAUCCCGUGCCGACGUUUGUCAACUCGACGCUGGUUCGAUUGGCUGAAGCUUUUAAAGAUGGCUCCAACGAUUUACGGGUCGGAAUCGCUCGCGCGCUCGGCCAAUGCGGCUCGCAUCUCUCGUUGGCGUUCUCAUCGGCGGAAAUCCUCCGCCGCAUUCUCACCGUCAGCCAUUCGAACGAUCCGGACGCGCGCGAGGCGGUGCUCGACAUGUUGGCGAGUCUCGCCGUCAUUUGUCCGGACAACACGCAAGUGCAUCACAUCAUUUGCGAAUCGCUCUCGACGGACCAUCGAGGCGAAUUUCGGGCGGCGUGCGCGGCGAUGAAGGCGUUCGCCGCGUUGUCGUCGGAAUUCUCCGAGACGGUCGUCUCGCAAGUCGGCAAACUGCUCGACGAGCCGACGACGACCGACGCGCAAAAGAUUCAAUUGUGCGACGUGUUCGCGACGAUGCGCGCCGACGCCCACACACUGGAGCACGUGUUUGGGAUUUGCGCGACGGUCUUGACGCGAAAUUGCACCGACGAGUUUCUCGCCGCGUUUUUGCGCUCGAUGACGAGUUUGUGCAUUGAAGUGCGCUACACGGUGCCGAAACAAAUCGAUAUUCUGCUCGGCACGCUGACGGCGUUGAAGACGAAAAAGAAUAAUAAUGGGGCGGCGGCGACGUCGUCGUCGUCGUCGAGCGGCGGUAGCGACGAGCGCAUCUGCAUUAUUCUCAAAGAAUUGCGACGAUUGGCGAAAUAUUCGAACAUUUGGAGCGAGGAGCAAAUUCGUCGAUUCGCCGAAUUCCUCAACGCCGAAAUGUCGGCGGCGGCGACGUCGCGAUAUUUCGAAGUAGGCGUCGAGUUGUCGAGAAGCUGCUCGAGCGCCAACAUCAAAUUGUUGAAAGAUUUGGCGAUAUCGUCCACCGCUUACGGAUCGGUCAAAAAUCCGGCAAUCAGCGUGCGCUACAUUCAAAUGGCGGCCAACAUCUUCUGUAAUCGCAUCAUUUUCGACGGCGAGUCGCCCGAAACAAUAAGUACGGCGAUGACGUCGCUGUCGGUGAUAAUUGUGGCGGAUUGCACGAGCGGAAAAAUGGAGGCGAAUCUCGCGAAACGCCUGUACCGCGCGAUUGGCGACGUGCUUUGCGUCUAUCCGUACACGCAAUUCGAAUUCUCGAUGAUAAUCAUCUCGUCGGUUUUGUCGGCGUUCGAUGAUUUGGCGUGUCUCGAGGACAAUCUUGAGCAGCGUCUUGAAAUGUUGUGCCGAUUGAUCGACACCGAUCGCGCUUAUAUACCGGACAUUCAAAAAUGGGCGAUCAAUGUUUAUCAGCGAAAGAAGCCGAUAUUCGAGGCGUUUCCGACGCUGUUCGCCUAUUUGGCGAUCGCGAUCGGCACAGAAUUGCCGCCGGAAUUUCCGAGUGUCAUGUUCGACGCGUCGACGAGUCGAUACGAAACGGCGAGAAGCGCAUUCCGAAACGGACGAUGGAUCGAUGUGGCGUUGCCGAAUUUGGAGGCCAUCGAAACGAAGAAUCUGGCAAAACUCGAAAGCGAUUGGAUAUUGGCGCUUCGCGAGUUGGCCGCCGCGCAGCUCGUCGAGUUCACGCCGCUCGCCAUCGACAAUCAACAAUCGCGUUUGCGUUCGGCGUUGUCGAUUCUCAGCGUCGCGUUCGUCUAUUCGAAUCGCGCCGCGCAUUUGCGCGUUCCGUUGGAGUUCAUCGAGCGCUUCUUGCACACGUCGGAGGCGUUCUCGCGUUUGUUGUCGACGUGCGAGCCGUUUUUGACGAUUCUCACCAGCGCGCUGAAACCGGGACACUAUUACAAUGCGAUUGUGGCGAGACGAUUCACGGUGGCGCUAUCGACGGUCGAGAAGAUCAUAAUCGAUCUUCAAUCGUCAUGGUUUUCGCUUUGUCGUUCGUCAUUCUGCGCCGAUCCGACGUCGUUGGACCUCAUCACAUUGUAUUAUUCGAAGAGCACCGUUCUCCUCGCCGCCGUUCAAAUGAUGCUCGGAAAAAUGCCGCCAGAAACCAAUAUCCAGCUGCCGCCACUCUCGAAUCCGCGAACUUGCGCACAAAUGCAACGCGAGAAGCUGCAAUGGAUAAUCGAGAAAUUGGCGAGAUUGAAAUUCAAAGAAUUGCCGACAUUGAAUACGAUUCAAGUGUUUCACACGAUCAUUGAACAACUCGCCAUGACGCCGUACAUGAUGCCGCGAUUCUUCUUUCAGCAAUUCUACAACGUCGAAUUCAAGAUAUCGACGACGCCCCAAAUGGAGGGCAAUCGGGCGGUGAGCGUGCAAAACGGCGAGACGGUGCCGAUUCGCGUCGACGGCGCGAUUCUCUCGAAUCAUCCCUAUCACAUUCGAUCGGUCAUCAUUAUUGCCGAGAUCUCGUCGCCGACGAAUCAUGCGGCUAAUCGAUAUUUGACGGAAACUGUGGAGCCGAAUGAGAAGAAUUACUUUAGCGCGCAAUUUUUGCUGCAAUUCAAAUGGUCUUGCGACAUCAAAUUACGAAUUGAAUUCAUCGAUGCGACCACCAGGAAACAGUGGCGAUCGUCGACAACGACAACAUUGCCAAUUAUGGUACGAGAAGUGACGAAAGCCCGAUGA